AUGUCCACUUCAACAUGUUUCUCUUCCCUUCCUCCACCUUCUUUCACCAAAACCAAACCAUCUCCAAUGUGUAGCAUGAGCAAGGAUCCAGUUCGAGAGUGGAUUCUCUCUGAAGGAAAAGCUUCAAAGAUAACCAAAAUUAGUCCUAUUGGUGGUGGUUGCAUAAAUUUCGCAAACCGCUAUGACACUGAUGCUGCUUCUUUCUUUGUUAAAUCAAACAGGACUAUUGGACCAUCAAUGUUUGAGGCAGAAGCUCUUGGUUUAGGAGCUAUGUACGAAACCGGAACCAUCCGUGUGCCUAAGCCAUACAAGGUUGGACCGCUACCAACCGGUGGCUCUUUCAUCAUUAUGGAAUUCAUAGAAUUCGGGGGAUCUAGAGGCGAUCAGUCUGUUCUAGGGAGAAAGCUGGCUGAAAUGCAUAAGUCUGGAAAAUCUAGUAAAGGCUAUGGUUUCGACGUUGAGAACACGAUUGGCAGCACUCUGCAGAUAAAUACAUGGUCAUCAGAUUGGAUUCAAUUUUACGGAGAGCAUAGAUUAGGUUACCAGUUGCAGCUCGCAUUAGACCGAUAUAGUGACCGGACCAUUUUUGAAAAAGGGCAAAGACUGGUGGAAAACAUCGCACCGCUGUUUGAGAAUGUGGUGAUAGAACCAUGCUUGCUUCACGGAGAUCUCUGGAGUGGAAACAUAAGCUCUGACAAAAAUGGAGAGCCUGUCAUAUUGGAUCCAGCAUGUUAUUAUGGACACAAUGAGGCAGAAUUCGGUAUGUCUUGGUGUGCUGGAUUUGGAGGCUCAUUCUAUAAUUCUUAUUUUGAGGUAAUUCCUAAACAGCCUGGCUUUGAGAAGAGGAGAGACUUAUAUAUGCUUUAUCACUAUUUAAAUCAUUAUAAUCUCUUUGGCUCUGGAUACAGAUCAUCUGCCAUGUCUAUCAUUGAUGAUUAUCUAGCUUAUUUAAAAGCUUAG